AUGGCCGUCAUCGUUGAUGACAAUUCGUAUCCGCUGAACCGAUCCUUGUCAUCACAGAUGGUUUAUACAGGGACUGGACCUGUUGCGCAAAACGGUUACUACUAUGCGAAAACAAGUGGCUCUUCGAUCUUGGAACGUGAGCCUUUCAUUCGUACCCCUGUCCAUGGAGACACCAUCUACGAGUCCUAUAAUCGUUCGCAAAACGUUUGGGAUAUUCCAUCACUGCCACAACUGUAUAAUCGUUUGUAUAACCGCAUUGAUACAGACCUUCACAAGGAUGGGCAGAUUGGUACGAUCCAUAUCUAUGGCAAUAUUUCGGGCAUGGAUUUUAUGCAUGCCAAUAUUUUGGAUGACGUUAAAGUUGUUGCCAAUAUGACAUAUAUCAGAGGAAGUGAUCUCUUAAAGUUUGAAGAUAUUGAAUUUGAGCUAGCCGGUGUAUCUGCACGAUGGGUAUCUAAGCUGAGCUACAACGUUAAAAUUCCCAAGGGCGGUGACACUUUAUACGGUUACCGACGACUCAAGCUACGUGCACUUGCAAUGGAUCCUUCAUAUAUUCGUGAAAUGGUGGUAUACAAGACGAUCAACGCGGCUGGUGUAGCAGCGAGUGAUUUCUCCUAUGUGCGUCUUUUCAUCAAUGAUCAUCCGGUUGGUAUCUAUGGCCUUAUCGAGGUAUACAAGAACCCAUGGCUCCGAAAUGAAUUUGACAACGGCAAUAAGGAUUACGAACAAGGCAACCUUUAUCAAGCGAGAGGAGGUUUUGGAGACAUUCCAGCCUUGGAUUCUGAUUUACGCUAUAUUGGUGAAAAUGUGUCUCAAUACGCUAUCGGCCAAUAUAAAAUUAAAGAGGAUCCUUCGGAAGGCGAACCGAGUUUUGAGCCCAUGAUGGAUUUGACUCGAUUUUUAAAGAAUGCAUCCACUGCAAGUGUUUCUGAGUGGGAGCAGUACUUUGACAUGGAGGCUUUAAUACGAAAUAUGGCAUUAGAAAUUCUGCUUGGAUUUUCCGACGGUUAUUUCACAAUCGCAAACAAUUACUACAUGUACCAAGACGGACUAAAUUCCAAACGAUUUAUCUACAUCCCUGCGGACGUCGACACUACUCUUGGAGCCACCCUUGUCAAAUUGUCUGACAUGUUGACCGGCAACUAUAGCACCUACCCUGGCUUCCAAAUGCGUCCAUUGAUGCCUCAAUUGCUCCAAGUACCUGAGCUCAAGGACCGGUUUGAGCACUAUAUCCAUGAUCUAAGUCGCCGGCUCAUCAAUCCUACCCAUUUGGACCCACUGAUUGAUGCCACAGUUGCCAUGAUCCGCCAAGAAACUGAAUGGGAUUACACCAUCAAGCCACUCAACACGUUCGAUUGGAGCAUCAUAUUCAAUAACACUGAGAGCAUUUUCCAAGACUUGAAUCUUUCGUAUCCUAUCGAUGAGGAAACCAUCGUUGAUAUCGUUCACAGAAAGCCCAUCUCGUUCGAAACAGCUGUGAAUGGACCGACUGGAUACAUUUCGUUGUGUGGUGUCAAGGAAUUUAUUGCUAAUAGCAGUAGAGCCAUCCAGUCUUUCUAUAAUAUGUGA